CGGCCCUCACCUGUGUGUUGCGGUGCUUCCCUUGUGAGCCGACCUGGGCUGGCAGUCCCUUCUUGCACCGCCCGCCAACCCCGCCCAUGGUCAGAAUGACGCGCUCCAAGACCUUCCAGGCGUACCUGCCGAGCUGCCACCGAACUUACAGCUGCAUCCACUGCCGAGCUCACCUGGCCAAUCACGACGAGCUCAUCUCCAAGUCGUUCCAGGGCAGCCAGGGCAGAGCCUACCUGUUCAAUUCAGUGGUGAACGUCGGGUGUGGCCCUGCAGAGGAGAGAGUUCUGCUCACGGGCCUGCAUGCUGUAGCAGACAUCUACUGUGAGAACUGCAAGACGACCCUGGGCUGGAAAUAUGAACAUGCCUUUGAGAGCAGUCAGAAGUAUAAAGAGGGCAAGUUCAUCAUCGAGCUGGCCCACAUGAUCAAGGACAACGGCUGGGACUGA